GCCAUGGUGCUUAAUCAAGUUAUUGUGGAAAUAAAGCUGUAUUGUUCUUUUCUUUAGGAUCUUGGCUGCUGAGAUAGUGUGCGGACUAAAUUUCCUCCAUUCCCGUGGCAUUAUUCAUCGGUAAGGGAUGUUAUUUUGUGUACCUGAUCCCAGGCUGGUAGUGCAGAGGUCAGUUUUGGUGGUUCUGUUGCCUCGUUAUCUAAUAUCCACAUCUCACAUUGUCUCCUUACAGGGACCUGAAACCAGAAAACAUUCUGAUAAACAGUGCCGGCCACAUUAGGAUUGCUGAUUUUGGUCUGGCAGUAGAGAAUGUGUUUGGGGACCAAACCACCAAAGGCUGGGCCGGAACAUAUGAUUACAUGGCCCCUGAGGUAAGAAUAUUUAUAUAUUUGAAUCGUUAUGAUGAUUAUGCAGAGAAAUAAUUCACAAGUUACAUUUGGGCCUUUCUUUCAUACUGCAUUAUAUGGUUUAGUAAGUAGUUUUCUCAAACUGCUUGUGUUACAGAUAAUUUGGAUGGCAUAUGAUUCCUGUGUGGACUACUGGUCACUUGGAGUCAUAUUGCAUGAGAUGCUCACUGGGAGAAUACCCACCUUCUCCUGGUUCAGAAAGACCCUACAAUGUCCAGAGAACCUAAACCCCGAGGCAAAGGACAUUCUUAUGAAUCUGCUGACAUACUCUCCAUCUAAAAGGCGUAAUUUUGUUGGCAACAUCAAGCAGCACCCCUUCUUUAAGCCAAUUGACUGGAAGGCCCUGGAAGCUGGGAAAAUUAAGCCACCUUUUAUACCGCCACCAGCAAGUGACUUAUCUGGGCCCUGUUACGAGAUGUUACCACCUUCUGAAGUAGAAGAUGUGGAACAUUUAAAUCAUUUGAAUGGACUUUCGUUUGUGUGCAAGGAGUGGAGGAGCAUCCCACCCAAGCAAUAGCUUUUGGCCUAAAUGUACAGAGAAGGCAGAAGCAGCAAGCAACAAAGAUGGAGUAAUCGGGUGCAGUUGGAUCCAUUCAAUCAGAAACUUCAAUUCUGUGGGACCUGAAUACAGAACAAGAGGUGCCUGACAGUUUAUUAUUAUUAUAAUUUGUAGCUCUUGCAUUUUAUUACAUACAUAGAAUUUUUUUUUCAUGUAAUACAAUCUGUGCAAAGUUAUGUUUGUCUGCUAGUCACAACUUACUUAUAACUAAUAACAGAAUAUGAUGUAAC